CGAACAUGUUGACCGCUAGAGGUUGAAGAUCUAAGAACGGCUGGAAGCGUGCCGUGCCUUCGCCCCGUGGUCCAGCAUUUAUGAAGUUGGCAGUCAUGACAAUGCCCUCAGGAGUCGGAUCCGAACUGUAGGGGAUAGAGAGGCUGGUUCUCAGCUCCUUGGGUUGUGAAACGCUGCGUCCUGCUGGAUGAGACUCCGCACAUAAACAUUUUGGUUUCCGACAAAUACCAUGUCGGCAUACAUAGCUUUCCCAUUGUUCGUGACGGUAUAUGUUCAGUAUUUGAGAGACGUUACCAACCCGUGAUUAGACCCCGCACAUUCUGUACAAGGCCGGUGGUUCUACGUGCUCAGGCCGAUGCUGACCUCUACUAUCAGGCAAAUCGACGGAGUUGGCACAAGUUCAGCGCAGGCCCUUAUUCUUACACAAUUCGCCCGGGAGACGCGGGAUCUCCUACAAAACGGCAGUGGUAGAAACGGGCUUAAUGUCUUUGUACAAUUCGCGCAUGGUGAUAGGGGCCCUACGGCCUGGUCCUCAACAACGAAGCAUGAAAGACAGCAAACCACUGAUAUAUGUCACAAGAAGUGAUGACGCCUAAUAACUCACGACGCCAUAGAAUGCUACGCAAAGCGUCAGUAGCCGUAAAGCCGAGAAUAUCUUGUUUGGCUAGAUCCAUGGUAGUGUAUAAAGCUCUGAGAGAGACGUGUGCAACCUGACCGGAGAGCGGUCUUUGAAGUAGUUUUCUCAUAUUCGCCUUCAGAAGCCAACCACAGCAAGGGCAUAGCAACGCGGGCUACGGGUAGUCAUCAAUCGACUACCCAAACAAAUCGAACCGGGGAGCAAACGGCCAGCAGGAAUCCACGACUAUCAUCAAUCAAGAUGGCAACCGAUUACCGAGGUAUGGUUGAGUUCUGUCACUUCGUG